AUGGAUCAGAGUGAUAUCUCGCGUCGUCGCCGGCCUAUUGUAGCUGCUCCUGGCCCAGAAGCAGAGUCCUCCAUCGAUCCCGACAAGGAUGAGCUGCGAGAUCGCCGUCAGAGCGAUGAGCUGUUGUCCAACGUGAAGGAAGUAUCGGUGGCUGCUGUUGCCACCCUCCUCGCGAUCUUAUGCAUGGUCGGAGGUACCCGGAUCCUAGCGCAAGCGCAAGCGCAUCAAGACCCGCAGACAAAGGAGAGGCUGACGACGCUUGGGACGGUGAUGAUCGCGGCGUCUCGGCUGUCGGUGAACGGCGUGCCCACUGUCCUGCUCGCGAGGCUUGGUCCUCGAGUAAGGGCCAUCAUCAAUGGGCGGGAGACCCCUUCCUUCGUGGCGCACUGGAUUCGCAACGCUGUGAUGGCAAAGUUGCCCAAUGUGGCUGCCGCUCUUUGGCGACGUGGGCAAGAGGUCGACUCGGCGGGCCCUGACAACAACAACGACGUACGCAUCGCAUUCACCGAGGGUGAUGCGGCGCUUGCUGUUUGCUGGCUCUUCAUGGCUUGUCUGUGGAUCUCCAUGAUCAUUGAUAGCGCUGACAUUGGCGGCGAGAAGAAGGAGAGACUGGUGAUUUAUUCCUGGUGCUUUGCGGGCAUUGGUCCAUACAUGUUUGGGUGGUGGAAGCUGUACAAGAGGCACCAGCUCCAGGCUGCUCCCACAUUUACGGCGGUUGCGCUGCGUUGA